AGGAAAACCCUGCAGCUUUUUGCAGGCAAACGCAGGAGCUGAAACGCGACCUCCCCGUUGUUAUCUGGCUGUUAUUGUGAUGUUUAACUGCGCUUGCAAGAUAAUUACCAACACGCACAUUUUCUUAGGAAGAAUAAACACGAUGUCCCUAUGAUGUGUCAAAAAAUGAAAAGCGCUCCCCUCCCACUCUGGUUGUAGAUUGCACCAUGCUGGAUAAAACCAGUGAUAAAGGCCAAGAGACUGGGCGCUGUUCAGACUGUGGAUGCACUUUCAGCCUAUCACAGCCUGACUCUGACCCUGAUUCAUCCAACACUUCAGCGUCUCCUAAACAGCAGCGUGGGCACAAGGCAGACGGUCCUUCCAAAUGUCCAUCCUGCCAGGUGGGCAGCAGCCUCCCUAAUGGUCGUCGUCCACACCGGCGCAUCCGCCUGGACCCUCACAGCUGCAGCCUGUGCUCCAAAACCUUCAUCUCCUCCGCCCACCUGACCCUUCACCUGGCCUCUCACAACAAGGAGAGGAAGUUCAGAUGUAGCACCUGUGGCAAGUACUUCCAUCAGUCCUCCCACCUCAUGGCACACAAGAUAAUCCACAGCGGGGACAGGCCGUUUAAAUGCCCAGAGUGUGGCAAGACCUUCGGCCGUGCCUCACAUCUUAAGACCCACCGCCGGCUCCACACAGGCGAGAAGCCCUUCAAGUGCACCUACUGUGACAAGUCGUUCACACAGAAGGCCGGGCUCCUGGCACAUGUUCGUCUACACACAGGGGAGCGGCCAUACAAGUGUGAGCAGUGCGGUGAGGGUUUUCGCUCCUUGUCACUCCUACUCUCUCACAAGGCUGAAAAGUCAUCUGGGCAGGCCAAACCAGUGUCAGCACCAGCACCCAACCAGCCCCAGAAGACACAAAGUAGCCCAGAGGAUCUGAAGUGUGGCGUCUGCUGCCGCACCUUUGUACGAUCAUCAUACAUCAGGCUGCACAUUCGCCUCAACAAAGGACAGCGGCCUUAUCACUGCAAAGUGUGCAACAAGACCUUUGUCAAGCUGGAUACGUUUGUGAACCACUGUGAUAAACACUUAAGGCAGAAAAGGGAUAAAAGCAAGGAGGUUAAAGAAAAAGUUGUUAAACCUCCCCUGUUUGUCCCACUCUCCAAUCCCCCUUCUCCCGAGGCCUUACCCACUCAGCCUUUAUCCUCAGAGGUCAACACACGCUCCAGAGCAAAAGCAAAGAGUAAAACGGAGCCAUGACCAAAAGGAGUGCACCCACUGACACAAAAAUGGUCUUUAACUAAAAAAUGUGUCAUAACACAGCACAUAAUAACAAAUGCAGGACAGCAGUGUCAUGUUAACGUCAUUUUCUAAAGAACUCUCACCUGUUACCAACAGAAAUGAAAAGUUCACAAAUUAUCAGAGAAAGGGACAAAGAGCAAAUUAGUGGUGGAAUAACUCCCAGAACACUGUCAUGUGAUUUAUAUCAACAUGAGUUUACUAAUUGUACAGUUAUUUUAUUUAGAAUAAUUAAUUUUAUGGUGAACGAUUAAUUAUCUUUGUAAGUACUACAAUGUUUUUUAAUGCAUAUUUUAGACGAUAAGGCUAAUUAACAUUUGUAACAUUUCAGUGGCGUACAUUGUUCACUCUAAUCUUUGAACAUAGAAAAAAGUAUAUAACCAUAAUAAUUCAUGGUUUAUGUUGUUUUCUUGAAUCCAUAUAAGCCUAUUGGCAUGUACUUAUACAAAUUACAAUGUAAAUAAACUGCCUAUUGUAAAACAAUAUGCACAUGGAGUAAAAAUAAACACAAAAGCAUA